GGAUGUACCAUGGCAACGCUUUACGGUCGCCUAUGAUGGCGAGAGACUUGCAGACGAGCACAAGCCCUGGAUGGAUGGCAAAUACGAAGUCUGGUUCCGCGACCCACGUGAAGUUGCGCGUAAUAUGCUCGCAAAUUCGACUUAUGCUAACGAGAUGGAUUACUGCCCGUAUAGGGAGUAUUCAACUGAGGGCGACAAGCGCCAAUGGAAGGAUUUCAUGUCUGGUGACUGGGUGUGGGAUCAAGCAGACGAAAUCGCGAAAGACCCGAGCACUCUCGGGUCGACAUUUGUCCCUGUCAUCCUUGGCAGCGACAAAACGACAGUUUCAGUCGGAACGGGUAACAACGAGUACUACCCGCUCUAUGCUUCCAUUGGGAACAUCCACAAUAAUGUUCGAAGAGCGCAUCGCGAUGGUGUGGCCGUCAUUGGGUUCCUGGCAAUGCCGAAAACUACGCAGGAACAUGCUGAAGAACCUUCGUUCCGAAGAUUUCGUCGACAGUUAUUCCAUUCGUCCCUUUCCAAAAUUCUCGAUCCGCUCAAGCCGGGCAUGACGACUCCCGAAGUAACGCGUUUCGGAGAUGGCCACUACCGGCAUGUCAUAUAUGGACUAGGGCCUUACAUAGCGGAUUAUGAGGAGCAAGUUUUAUUAGCGUGCAUUGUCCGUAAUUGGUGUCCAAAGUGUGUUGCAAAUCGUGAAGAUCUCGACGAAGAUGCGCUGCCCCGUAGCCGCGAAUAUACAGAGGCACUCGUCGAAGAAGCUCCCUCGGGAGAUCUUUGGGAAGACUUCGGAAUAGUCGCGCAACUUGUGCCAUUCACAAACGACUUUCCCCGAGCCGAUAUCCAUCAAAUGAUAUCACCAGAUAUCCUCCAUCAACUUAUAAAAGGCGCCUUCAAGGAUCACCUCGUGACGUGGGUCGAGAAGUACCUCCGUCAGACACACAACAAACGGAAGGCACAGAAAAUUAUGGAUGAUAUUGACCGCAGAAUUGCUGCUGUCGCCUCGUUUUCAGGCUUGCGACGAUUUCCUCAAGGGCGCGGAUUCAAGCAGUGGACAGGAGAUGACUCCAAGGCCUUGAUGAAAGUCUAUUUACCUGCUAUCGAGGGCCAUGUACCUCAAGACGUCGUUCGCACCUUUCGUGCGCUUCUAGAUUUUUGUUAUCUAGUACGUCGCAAUAUCAUCACCGAAGACUCUCUACUUCAAAUCGAAGAUGCGCUCUCUCGUUUUCACCGUUACCGCGAAAUCUUCAGGACAACGGGUGUCGUCCUUCACUUCUCCUUACCUCGUCAACACUCGCUCAUGCACUAUGUUCGAAACAUUCGACUCUUUGCUGCACCCAAUGGUCUCUGCUCGUCAAUCACCGAGAACAAGCACAUCAAAGCGGUCAAGGAGCCCUGGCGACGAUCGAGCCGUUUCAAUGCGCUUGGUCAGAUAUUACUGACCAAUCAACGGCUCGACAAACUUUCAGCACUGCGAGUCGACUUCACGCGUCGGGGGAUGCUCACUGGCACUUGUCUCUCAGCAGUCAAUGCCUUAGUUCCUGCGCAGAUCGACCAAGUUGAUGAAGACGGCGGGGCGGCAGCACUCGCACCUGCUCAAGCAGCAGCAGCAGCAGCAGAUAUGCAUGUGCCUGCUCCUGCUGCACCACCUCCACCUCCCUUGAUCAAUAUUGAUGUGGACCUCGACAUAGACGACGGGCCCACCGUUCUACAAGCGUUUGUAACGCUGGCAAAAACCCGCCAGGGCAAAAAUCGCGCUCAAACCAUUCCUGAACUCGCCGAGGAACUUGAUAUUCCUCACCUAUCUGACCUUCUCAGACGCUUCUUAUUUCAACAGAUGCAUCCUGAUGACCCCCGCGAUCCGUCCAAUGUACCUCUUUCUGAAUGCCCCCUCUAUCUCAGCAAAAUUGCAGUCUUCAACUCGGCAUCAUCGCGGUUUUAUGCGCCGAGCGAUUUGAGUGGUAUUGGUGGCAUGCGCACUGAACACAUCCGCUCUUGUCCCUCCUGGCGAGGUGGGCAUUCACGCAACGACUGUGUCUUUGUCAACACAGACACUAGUCUACCUGGCAUGCAAGGUCUCGAAGUCGCGCGCGUUUGCGCAUUUUUUUCAUUCCAGUACCGGGGCGAAGUUUAUCCCUGCGUUGUGGUUCGCUGGUUCGACAAAAUCGGCGAUGCUGCAGACGAAGACACGGGAAUGUGGAUGGUUCGUCCAGGAGAGGGUGCAAACAAUACUGCUGGGUACGCAAUCAUUCAUAUUGACGCCAUUUAUCGCGCUGCCCAUCUUAUUCCCGUGUACGGCACGGAAUUCCUGCCUCCAGAGCUCAAAUUUUAUCAUUCCUAUGAUGCAUUCCGCGCCUACUACGUCAAUAAAUACGCUGACCAUCACGCCUUUGAGAUUGCAUUUUGAUCUAGCUACUUGUACACUAUUUGAAUCUAUAAUACUCUUUUCUCUCUUAAUAUGCAUUUUCUCUCCUU